AUGAAUCUUUUGAAGUUUCUUUAUGGAGAAUCGUCGAAGUAAGAAGCGAAUUAGAAGAUAUAGAAACAUAUAUUUUACUCAAAUGAUGAUGAAUAUCAAGGAGAGGUUAUGAACGAUAAACGUCAUGGGAAAGGAACUUAUAAAUUUGCGUCAGGGAAUCGUUACGAAGGGUAGUGGAAGAAUCAUCAGAAGCAUGGAAAAGGCAAGCUCUACUAUAAGAAUGGGGAACUGUACAUAGGGGAUUGGGUUGAGAAUAAGAAGUGCGGAGAAGGAAUGCAUUUUUAUAUAAAUGGGGAUAGAUAUGUUGGAGAAUGGAAGGAUGAUUAGAGGGAUGGUACAGGAACUUUAUAUUAGGCUGAUUAAAAUAUAUUCCAUGGAUAGUUUAGAAUGAAUAAAAAGUAUGGAACUGGCUAUUACUUUAACACUCGUGAGAAGAAAUAUUACAAAUAGCAUCACGAAUCUGACAAUAUCUUAGAUAGUGUGUAGAUUGAAGAUGUUCCAACAUAUGUGCUUGAAAAAUUCCAUAUAAAACCAGAAAGGCACCAUGUUGAGAGUGAGAAGAGUGAAGAUUGCACCAUUAAAAUAGAGGCUAGUCCUACAGUGUAGAAUGAUAGCGAUAAACAAAAAGAUCUACAACCAAGUGGUUAGAGCGGUUAAGGGGAAUCUGAUCCUUAAUUAAAAGAUGAAGGUAAAUCUUAAUUAAAUUCUCUUGGCAACUCUUAAUAACAUGGAUUUUUGAGUUUAUAAGUAUUGGAGAAGUUGGAAGAGUUUGAGAGUUAAAAACAUAUGUAGGAAUGGUAAUUAGAAGAAGUUUGUACUUGGUUAGAUACAUUAUAAUUAGGUGAAUAUAAAGAUGAAUUUAUUAAGAACUAAAUGACAGGCAAAACUCUCUAUGCAUUAAACGAUAAUGAUUUAAAGUAAGACUUGGGAAUAUCAGUAUUGGGACAUCGAAAGAAGAUUUUGCAGUCAAUAGAAGAAUACAAGAAAUACUAUGUGAAAUUUAUGGGAGGGAGAGUUCGAAUGAAGAAGCCAUUGGAAUCUUUGGAAGAAAGAAAAGGACUAUACAAUUCUAUAGAGCAUUAGAGAUUCAAAAGCAUCUUUUCAUAUAUGGAGAAGAUAGAAGAGGAGCAAAAUGAACAUCAUGACAACAAUAAAAGUGAAUCAAGUAGUGAUUCCCCAAGUGCAAACAAGAGAAAGAGGAAUGCCAAAGAUAUUCCUAAGUCUCCUACUAGAUCUAUCUCAAAUGAUUCAGAUUAAGGAAAUUUGAGUGAUAACAAUAUGUCUUUGAAAUUAAAAAAACAAAAAAGUAAAAGGUAAAAAAAGCAUUUGAGAAAAUAAACUACAGAUUUAUAGAAAUCUGGAGAAUCUGCAGAUGAUGAAGAUGGUAAAUAACAUCUAAGCUCACCUAUUUAAUCUCCAAAUAAAGUUAGUAAUAAUGUAAGUGAUUAAAAGAUUGAGAUUCUGGUGUUGAAUGAAUGUCCAAAUGUUGGAGAAGAGAACAAGGAGAAAGAUAUUUAUGGAGUGAAUGAAUUGUCUAGAUAAUCAACCAAUAAACAACAUGAUAUAUCAGAAUUCACAUCAUCUAAAAGUCCUCCUCAGAUAAUUAAUAAUAAUGAUGAAAACAUUACUUAAUUGGAUAGAUUAUAAUCUAUUAAUUUAUAAUUGCAAAGACAGAGAUCAGAAGCAAACGGUAGCAAAUUCUAGGAAUAAGAUUCAUCCAGCCAAGAAUCUGAUGUAUCUGGAAAUGAUUCAAGUUCAGAAUCAUCAGAUGAAGAGAAAUAUAAAAAUCAGAAGAAAUCCAGAAGAUUAAGAGAAAUUAAUAAGAAAGAAAAGGAGAAGGAUGAUAGACAAUAACAUCAUUUACCUAAAAAACUACUUGUGAUGUUAAAAGAGUUUGGAAUCAAUGAAAGAGUCCUAAUAGUAUUCCACGAAUUAAUUAUUGGAUAAGUUAUUGGUGAAGGCGGUUAUGGUGUUGUGCAUAAAGGUAAGUGGCUUGGUUAAGAUGUGGCCAUCAAAUCUUAUGGAAAAAGAAAGUCUCAAGGAAAUUUGAAAUACAAAUUAUAAAUGGCUGAUUUCUUGAAGGAAGUAGAAGUGAUUUCAAAUCUACGUCAUCCAAACAUAGUCUUGUAUAUGGGAGUGUGCAUAAGAAAAUAGAAUUAUUAUUUGAUUACUGAGUAUCUGGAAGAAGGGAGUCUUUUUGAUCAUUUACAUAAAAAGAAGACACAUAUAGAUCAAAAGGCUUUGAUGCAAAUAGUAGAAGACAUUGCCUUGGGAAUGAAUUAUCUUCAUGGCAGAAAGGUUAUGCAUUGUGAUCUCAAAUCUUCCAAUGUCCUUAUAGAUUAAAAUUGGAAUGUUAAGUUAUGUGAUUUUGGUUUGUCUAGAAUCAAUAAGAAAAUAGAUCAUAAAGUAAACAAAGGAGCGAGAAUAGGCACUCCUAAUUGGAUGGCUCCAGAAAUCAUGCGAGGAGAACCCUAUCAAGAAAAAGCUGAUGUCUAUAGUUUCGGAAUGAUUCUAUGGGAAAUCAUUACUUAAUAAAUACCAUAUGAAGGUUUAUCACAAACUUAAAUUAUUGGUACUGUUGGAUAUGGGCAGGAUUAAGUUCUUAUUCCUUCAAAUAGCAAUCCUUCAAUUUUACUUUAACUAGCCAAAAAAUGUUUGAAAAAGAGUCCUCACGAAAGGCCUACUUUUGCAGACAUUGUUAAUGAAAUUCAAAUGGGAUAAAAAACUGAUGCUAAACUUAAAAAACAAGCUAUAAGAUAGCUUAUAGACUUUUUUGAAUGA